AUGGGCGUCAAGCUUCAGAUUCAGCUUCUCGAGGCGCGCGGCCUGCCGCCCAAGGACAAUGGCGGCGCGAGAGACGCGUUCGUGCGGCUCCAGAUGGGCGCCUCGAAGGCGCGCAGCAAGAGUGUAGCUAAGGAAAACGAUCCGACGUGGCAGGAAGAGUUUCUUUUUUCGGUCAGGGACAUGGAAAAAGAAGAACUUCUGGUAACGGUGUGGGACAAGAGCGUCUUCCUGGGGGAGGAAUUUCUCGGGCAGCUUGUGCUGCCCGUGCGGCAGGUGAUGGCGUGCGACGGCUACGAGCUGCAGGCGACGUGGUUCCCGCUACAAAACAGGCUCGCGCGACCGCGCGCGACGGUUACAGGGGACAUUUUGAUUUCCGCCAGCCUGUGGGGCAUUUCGUCGUUAGUGGCGGAAUCCGCCUCCCCCUCCACCCUGCCAUCCAGCCCCCUCCUUCCGCCCACACCUCCCCACGCCCCUUCCGCUGCCCCGUCUACUUCCCCCCUCGCCGCGCCUUCCCCCACCCUCAUCACCACUGUAAGCUUCGCCUUUCCUAAGCCUUCUUCCGCCCCUCCCCUUUCCGCCUCUCCCCUUUCCGCCCCUCCCCUUUCCGCCUCUCCCCUUUCCACCUCUCCCCCUUCUGCAUCUCCCUCUUCCGCCCCUUCCGCGUCCGCCCCCGCCUUUUCUCUUCCCCUCAAGCCCGCGUUACGCCGCCAUACAGGCCCCCCCGAUACAGUCACACCUGCUUCUCUCUCCCCGUGCAGGGAAGCGGACGAGGGGGAAGCGUGGGGCGGAGGGGGGGAAGAGGGACGGGAGAAGGGUGCGGGGGAAGGGAAGGGAGAAGGUGAAGGGGAGGUGGAAAGGAAAGAGGAAGGGGAGGAGAAAGGGGAAGGGGGGGAGAAAGGGGAAGGGGGGGAGGAAGGGGAAGGUAAAGGGGAAGGGAAGAGGAGGGAAGGGGAACGGGAAGGCGACACAUCCGCCGACCUUCAAGGUACAGAGAAGGAGGAGGGCGGGGAUGGCACUGCAGCAGCACCAACACGACCACCACCAGCACCACCACCACCACCAGCAGCCACCGCUGUUAAAGCUCGGCACCAGAUCCUCCAGUCUCUCUCCGAGUCCUUAAAGCCCAAUCCGCAGCAGCUGCAGCAUCUGAAGCAGCGCCUGCACGCCUCCAAGCUGUCCGCAGCAUCAGCCAUCAGGUCCCUCGGGCACGCCGUAGAGAGCAGCGUUGCCAAGGCCGGGCAGUCCAGUGCAGGGCCCAUGCCUGGGGAACUAGCUGGUGGUGGUGUGCUGGUGGAACAGGCCUUUGAUGCCGCCCCCCACGUGCUCUUUGCUGCCAUCUUCAAGCCCGACUCGCCAUUCUUCCAGGAGUUCGCCAGCGUUCGCAAGCUCACACAACUCAACAUUGGUCCAUGCACAGCACACAAGGGCUUUAAGCCUCCCGCCAACCUGCCUCCUGCUGCUGCUCCGAGAGGCAGCGCAGGGGCAGAGCAACUGCAGGAAGACACAGGCACCGUGGUGCACCGCACUGUAUCGUACAUGACCGCGCCGUCCUCCCUGGUGAAGUCAGUGCAGGCAACAGAGGAGAUGGUGUGUGUGCGCGCAGACGCAGGGGGCUUCCUAAGCACCAUGAUGAAGGGCAUGAUUGAAAAUGGCAUGCGCACCGGCCUCAAGGACACCUACGCCACGUUCCUCUCGGUACUCACAAAGCACGUCCCUCCCUUCGUCUCCACCACACCCUCCACCUCACUCUCCCAGCCCUCAACCUCCCCUCCUCCCUCCUCCCCACUCGCCCGCCUCCUCUCCCUCCUGGGCGUCCCCCCCCACCUCCACCCCUCGGAAACGGCAAUCGCCGAGGCUGCACUCCGGGCGGCAGGCCCGCUUGCGCUCUUUGUCUUUUUCCUCGCAGUGGUGCUGCUGCCGACACACCUGGUGCUGGUGGCACGAGGCGGGGCGGGGGUGGUGCUGCCGCUAUUGGACCUACCAGAUAGCCUGUUGGAGCUGCUAUGGUGUGCCGUGAUUCUGAUCUCUACCAACCAUGUGGUGGCAAUGGCACGAGGCAUCAUUGUGUCGAAAUACAUCAAGAAGGGCGACCACGGGAAGAAGGCAGUGGGGGAGGGGUGGCUACUGACGGUGUCACUGGUGGAGGGGGAGAACAUAGGGGAUUCGGGUGUGGUGGUGAAGGCGGACCCCUUUGUGGUCUUCACUUGCAGCGGCAAGACUCGCACCAGCUCUGUGAAGCUGCAGACCAACAUGCCCAAGUGGAACGAGGUGCUUGAAUUCGAUGCCAUGGAGGACGCGCCUUCCAUCCUCGAAAUCGAGCUUUUCAACUACGAUGGACCCUUCUCGGAGCCUUCCCUGCUCGGCCGGGCAGAAAUAAACUUCCUCCGCCAGUCGGCGCAGGACCUCGCGGACCUCUGGGUGCCCCUGGAGGGCAGGCGGGCGAACGUUCAAGCUGCCCGGAUCCAUAUUCGGGUGCUUCUGACCAAUACCUCUGAGGAUGUGGCACCUCUGGUGCUUCAGAAGAUCAGCAAGAAAGUGGGCAGCAAGGUGAGGGAAGCGAGGAGAGGCGGAAAGGGUGGUGUGCGGGAGUUUUCAGCGCAGAAGAACUUAGCCUUCCAGCGGCUGUUCGACCUGCCAGAGAGCGAGUGCCUCAUAAACGACUUCUCCUGCAUCCUCAAGAAAGGGCUGCUCUCCCAGGGCCGACUCUUCCUCUCCCCGCGCCUCCUCGCCUUCUACUCCUCUGUCUUCGGCACGUGCAUCAAAUUCACCCUCCUCUGGGAAGACAUAGAUGAGAUUGACGACAGCGUGCCGUCUCUCUUCGACCCGGCUUCUCUCUCCCUCUCUUCUCAAAAAGACGCCAAGUCGCAAACAACCCCGCCCUCAUUGACAAGGUUGCAAACAACCAAGAACCAGACGGCCUCCGCCACCCAGAAACUCCCUGCCACUGCUGCCGCCCAGAAAUCGUCCAUGACGACCUUCAAGCGCAUGCUCAACCCCGCGAUCACUGUCUUCGUCAAAAAGGACAAGGGUACGGCAGAAACUCGGGCGGCAGCGCACGGCGUGGACUCCCAGGGGCGGCUGAAGAUCCGAUUUCAGUCGUUUGUCCGGCCAGGUGUGGCCUUCCGCCUGGUCCUUGCCUUGUGGCGCAACCGCAACCUCCCCACCGACCAGCAGCUCGCUCGAGCCAAGGAGGAGGGAGAUGCAAGUGACGGUGGCGGGGAGAGAGGCGAGGGUAAGAGUGCGGGGAGGGACGGGGGAGCUGGGGCAGCAGCAGGAGUUGGAGUAUCCAGCAGCAGAGGCGAUUUUUGGGGGGCGAGAGGCAGUCCGGGAGCAGGUCAGGAGGUGACCGAUUCGAGAAGAGAGUCGAUAGCAGUGGAGGAUGGAGGGGGGGCGUUUAUGGGGAUGGAGACACGGGAGGUGAUAGAUGAGCAGCUGGUGGGGGUACCCAUUACAGUACGGCAGUUCCUGGCGUCGUUUGACGACCCAGCAGCCACUGCUGCCAUGAUGGAGAAGGCGGGGCAGAUGGGGGCGGAGAUUAGCGACUGGGAGGCUGUGUCUGUGGGUGUGGGGGAUGGGGCGCCAGGCCAGCGAUCCGAUAUCCAUCUUCUAACAACAAAACGCCUCCCUCCCUGCCACUCCCAUUGCUUCCCUGGGAAGGUCCCUGUCCUCUCCCCAACCGUGACAGCAGUGCAGCAGAUGACUCAGGAAGCCAGCACUUCGGGCGGCACCCCAGGCAGCACCCCGGGCGGCAGCCAGGAGGGCGGCAUCCAGUGGGCGUGUUUGGAGCAAGUUCUCACUCUCCACAGAGUGCCCUUCAGCGACAGCUUUCAGUUGGAGAUUUUUCAAGAGAUCCAAGCCAAGGGAAUAUUCACCCUGCCAGGACCAACCGCAAGCACUGCAGGCACAGCAGCUGGCACAGCAGCAGGUGAGGGCAGCGCAGCAGAUACAGGCCUUUCCUCAAGCACCUCAGAAGCUGCUGCCAGCGCCGCCAGGGGAGCAGCUGCUGUCGCCUCCGCACUGGCUGCCGCAGCAGGCGCACUCAAGCUCACAUCACGCGGAGGGCCAGCAGCAGCAAGCGGGACGGCAGGAGGGGACAGCGGAGGAGGAGCAGGUGGGGAGAGAGGAACGGGCGGGACAGCAGCAGGAGCGGGCGGGUUACAGGAGGGGGUGUUGCAGGAUGAGAAGGUGCGGUCAGUGCUGCAUGUGCGGGUUGCGAUCGCAUGGCACAAGGAGCUCAGUGAGGCGACACGCGCCAAGAUCAAGAGCAGCAUCGGGCGAUUCUACAAGCAGCAGGCGCGCCGGGUCGUCGACCUCAUGGCUGCUCAGGGGGCCUGA